CCUAACUCCCUCUCUUUCUCGCUUUAGUCGUUGUUGUAACUUCGCUGCAAAUUAGAGCAACAGCGAGAAAAGCUAAAGCAAAGAUGACGGUUUUCCACUUUUUCAACUGUGCGAUUCUUACUUUCGGUCCUCACGCCGUCUACUACUCCGCUACGCCAUUAUCUGAGUAUGAUACACUUGGUACUUCUGUUAAAGCCGCUCUUGUUUAUUUAGGAACAGCUUUGGUUAAGCUUGUUUGUUUGGCCACGUUUCUUAAGGUAUCAGAGAGUGACAGCUUUGAUCCAUAUCAGGAACUUUUGAAAGCACUAAUCGGUUUUAUAGAUGUUGCUGGUCUCUACUUUGCCCUGACCCAGUUGACCCACAGGAACAUAUCUCAGAAUCAUAAAUUUCAAGCUGUUGGGCUUGGGUGGGCUUUUGCAGAUUCUGUACUUCAUAGAUUAGCACCACUUUGGGUGGGUGCUAGAGGACUGGAAUUUACUUGGGAUUACAUUUUGCAAGGCCUAGAGGCUAAUGCAAAUUUGGUGUUGAGCAUAUCCCUUGCUGCAUUAGGAUCUUUGAUGUGGCUUCGCAAGAACAAACCCAAGACAUUAAUUCCUAUAAUAUAUGCAUGUGCAGGAAUUGUGGCAACCAUGCCUUCCAUUACAAGCUAUCUGAGGCGAGGAAUGGGCUGGCAAUUCCCAAAGGUGGUUGGCUUUGAACUUUUUACCUCUUUGAUGAUGGCUUUCAUUAGUUGGCAGCUUUUUGCGGCUUGUCAGAGACCAUCUACAUGAGGUAGCCCACCAUUUUCUUCUGAGGCAAUGUUCUUCCGGCAGCUUGAUCCUCUUUUAGAGGGCCUAUUCCAAUCAAUCUUCCCCAUGUGACGGCAAUGGCUUUUGUUUUAAUUUCACAUUAAAGUUUUAGUUUAUGAUGUAUCUAACCUUCUUAAUUACCAACUUAUAUAGAAAUUUCUUUGAUCUACCCAAA